AUGACUCAUAGGAGAACUUCUUUGCCGGGUCCCAUGGUACGGUGGCGGUCGCCGCUGCCGGGCUAUUACAAACUUAACGUUGGUGAUGUGAUUGACUUACAAGAUGGUGCCAGAGGGGUUGCUGUGGUUGUUUGUGACUCUUGUGGUGUCUUAAGCGGUGCAGUGGUUAUGAGGGCCCUUGGUCUGGUGUCCGUGUUGGCUACCGAACUGUACACCACGAAGACUGGUUUGUCCUUUGCCCUUGAUGCGUCGUUCGAGGCACUGCUUCUUUAG